UUAAAAUGUUAUAAAAAUAAUUUUAAGAUGGACUAUAAAGUAGAAAAAAUUUUGGGGAAAAAAUUAAAAAAUGGGAGAGAGCAAUAUUUGAUCAAGUGGUCUGGAUUUGGACCAGAAUGGAACUCUUGGGAGCCUAAAAAAAAUAUACAGCACUUGGACGAAUUUAAAAAUUUUUUUUUGGAGGAGAAGGAAGAAGAAUUGUUGGCAAGAGAGGAGAAGCUAGAACGGUUGGAUAGAUGCUCUCGUAGAGCAUCACGAGAAGCUCUAAAAAAAAUUUUUUUAAUUAAUUCUCCCAAUUGCAUGAGGCGAAAAAUUGUAGACGAAGCACAAGUUGAUUCAAUGCAAAAAGAGGAGGAAGACGAAGAGGAGGAAGACUUUGAAGGGGGAAAUUAUGGAAUGGAAGGAAUGGGGGAUGCUUCUUUUGGAGAAGAUAAGGAAGGCUUUGAAGGGGGAAAUUAUGGAAUGGAAGGAAUGGGGGAAGCUGCUUUUGGAGAAGAUAGAAGACUUUGAAGGGGGAAAUUAUGGAAUGGAAGGAAUGGGGGAAGCUGCUUUUGGAGAAGAUA